AUGACCGGCGAACAGUUAUUGUCGUCUCAUUUUAACGAUGUUUCGGUACCGUCAUCUAUACUCGAAAAGCAUGUAUUGACUGGAUCCGAUGCAGCUGUUCAAUUUUCUGGUGGCACACAUAUUGUGCUGAACGUGGACGGACAAGAAGAUAAGCGACCACGUGAUCGUGACUCGUCACGUGUUUAUACACGCGUCCUUAGCGAGUAUAAAUGGGCAAGCGAAGAAUGUUACAAUGGUCGAAUACUGGCAGUUCAUAAAAAUUUAAUCGCGUAUCGGCUGUUUAAUGAAAGUACAGGCGAAGCAGUGCGAGUCCUGGAACGCACCACUUCCAAACGUCACCUUAUAAAAAGUUUCAAGCAUCCAACUGCCGAUUUACAGUGGGCUCAUCAUGCACCACUACUUGCCGUUAUUGAUGUUAAUGCCAAUCUUUAUGCAUACCAUGUUGACAAAGACUGUAUCGUGACAAAAUAUUUAAAUAUAAUCCGGGAAGACAAUUCUAUUCCAAUCAAUGCUACCCCGCGAAUUUCAUGGUGUCCUUAUAUACCGGAAGCUGAUGAACCACACGAAGAGAUGCAUAUGAUUGCUGUGUAUUAUCGCAAUACGGUGGAAUCAUUUUCACUAAGCAUAAUCAAAUCGGAAUUACACUGUGAAGAAGUAACUCUGGAACAAUGCGAAAAAAUCAGUGAUGCCGUGAUGAAGCUACCGAUUGAAAAUCCAAAUGCAGAGGUACAAGCAGUAUGUUUGAGUCCAGAUGCAACAGCUAUCGCAGUGGCACUAAAUUGUGGCACUGUGACAUUUUUCAUUAUUGAUGGCGAAGGCACGAAAUUUGCUCAUCGCUGGCAACCGGAACACGGUAGACAUAUUCAGGACCUCGUCUUCCUGGAUAAUAUCACUGCAUCAGACACACCUGAACAGUUCUGGAAAUAUGCUAUAAUUUCAACGGAAAAUGGUAAACGGAUCCAACUUUAUGACACUGAAAACUGGCACUGUAUCGCCCGUUUAUUAUUUGAACCAUCAGAUCAGUUAGGUAAAUUGGCACUCAGCAUACAUCCAACAGCGAAAUUUAUAUUUCUCACUGAUUAUGAUGCUGCAAAUAUUUAUUGCAUCGAAGUUGCUUACAUUAUGAAUACACCACGCUUUAUUGCAUGUACACAAAUUACAUUCUGUCAUCCACUUGUUAACGUUGUUCCAAUAUCAGUCCCGCAGCAGGAGGAUCUUCAUCAAGAUUUUUCCUUGAGUGAUGAAGAAAUUUCUCCUGCUAAUGUUAUUGUUUCGUUUGUGGCUCUCUCUCAGCGGUCAUUGCUUCACUUGGAAGUUGGCCUAGAAAAGUCCCAUGUGGCGAAUGGUGAUGUAGGUGGUGGAGGUGGUGAUGAAGAUAACAACGAACAAAUUAUUUCUACUUUAAAUGCAGAUGUUGCAGAUGAUGGAAAUAAUGUAGCAAAUGGUGAUAAAAGACAGCCAAAAUUGGAAAAUCUGGAUCGUAUGGAGGCUUUAUAUCGUCACUGGGAAGGUCUAUGUAUAAAUUUGGAGAAACAAUCGGAAGAUUUCGAAAAACGAUUACAGGAAGAAAGAGAUCGAACAGAUGCUCAAAUACGACAAUUACGUGAAGAUAUCGUAUCAUGUGAUGAGAGGCUGUUUCUGAAGCUGGAAUCUUUGAUCAAUGAAAAUAGAACAUCAACGGUCGAAGCAAUGCAAACCUCGCUAGAUCUUAAAAUAGACAGUGUUAUCCAAAGCCUUCGAGCAACAACUGUCGACAAUUUUAAGCAGCAGCGAAGUAUGGAUCUACACAUUAUUCGAGAAGAACUUAUUAGUAAUGUACGAGAAUUACUGAUGGCUAGUAUGAUACCAAUUUUACAAGAUGUCUGUGUGUCGCUAUUCCAACAACUUAAUGAAAACUUCCGCGCCGGUUUGGAGCAGUAUAUGAAGCAAAUGCAUACACUCUGUACUAGUGCUCUAAGAACAAAUCAAGCAGUCACUGGUCCAUUGAUGGCGAGCAAUUCGUCUCCCACCGAUCCAUCAGCUCUUAUCAACCUUAUCGAGGACCAACGUAUCACUGUGGCAUUUGAAAAGGCAAUGAUACUAAAUGAUUACGGAGCUCUAAUGUUUGUUUGCAACAAUGUUGAUCCUGAUAUAAUUGCCUCUGGCGAGCAGCCCAUUCCGCAAAAUGUUUUACUAUGUCUGUUGAAUCAACUGGCAACAAAACUGGAGGGGGAAACGGAUCUUAAAUUUAGGUAUAUCGAGAAUGUGUUAAUGGUAUUGCAAGUAAAGGAUCCUACCAUAUCUGGUGGUUACCGCCAUGUUUUAAAUCGCCUACAAACGUCUUUAACAGCUUAUAUGGGAACAGAUACAAGUGCAAGCUUAAAGCGACGAGCACGAAUAAUAUCACAAUUAGCAACGAACUUACUGAAGUGA